AUGUACUUCCUCCUCUCCAGCCUGUCCCUGGCUGACAUUGGUUUCACCUCCACCACAGUCCCCAAGAUGCUGGUGAACACCCAGACCCACAAGCAGUUUGUGGCCAUCUGUCACCCUCUGCACUACACGGGCAUCAUGCGUGCCCAUCUCUGUGGCCGCCUGGUGCUCGUGCCAUGGUUCUUCCCUGAUGCAGAGUCUGUUGAUGUCGUGGCUGUCCUUCUGCUCCAGACGGGUGAUUCCACACUUCUACUCUGCACUCGCUCAGGCCCUCACGCUUGCCUGCUCAGACACACUCAUCAGUCACAUCCUGCUGUACAUGGUGACUGCCUUUCUGGUCAUUGCCUCUUCUCGGGAAUCCUUUUCUCCUAUACUCGGAUUGCAUCUUCAAUAUUGAAAAUCCCAUCAGCUAACGGGAAAUGUAAGGCCUUUUCUACCUGUGCAUCUCACCUGUCUGUGGUUCCUCUAUUCUAUGGGGCAGGGCUUGGUGUGUAUCUCAGUUCCAAUGCAUGUUCCCAGAAGGGCAUGAUUGGCUCGGUGGUGUACAGGGUGGUCACCCCCAUGCUGAACCCCUUCAUCUACAGCCUGCAGAACAAGGAUGUGAAGUGGGCCCUGGGAAGGCUCCUCAACCGAGCUACCUCAUGUCUGUGA